CUUCGCGCGUCGAGCUAUUCGGUUGCUCUCGAUUACAAUUCUCUCUAUUGUUAUAAGAGUCGACAUUUCACCGACGAAAAAAAACUUUGGAUCAAUUGAAAUUGCAGCAACGGAUCGCUCGCGCCUUUAAAUUACUCACGCGCUUCGAUAUUUCUGCGCUCGAGAGUUUUUUGUGUUCAAUCGCGAUCGCGAUAAUCGGAGUUUGACAACUGGAGGAUUGGUUCGCGAAUAAGUGUUUCUUUUUUUGUGAUGUGCAUGGAAGCUACCAGCGGCCGCAUCAAGAUGACGAACACCUGGGUCUGUGUCUUCGCCGUGCUGUGUGCAAUGAUCGUUAAAGCAUCGAUUACGGUAGACAUCGACCCGAAAAGAGAAACAGCUGUGCGAGUCGGUGAGACUUUGCAGAUUCUGUGUAAAAUCAGUCGACCGCUUCGCGUUUGCCGCGUAGAGAUACCUGGUGAAAGUAAUGCUAUGGUGCUGUCGCCAGACGAUGCACCAUCGGAAGAUGGUAUUCGAUAUUACGGCAAUGGUAUACGUGCCGGCGAAUGCGGCGUCAGUAUUGCCAAAGUGAAGGAAACUUACGAUGGCAUAUUUAAAUGCUCCUUAACCGCUUCUGACUCUCGACAAGAAGAAACUGCAUCUCUGAAGAUUAUUGUUGCGAAACCACCAAAGAAACCCCUGCUCUACACAAACCACGGAUUUUCUAAUCAAAACCCCACGUUCAGAAAUGGAGAAAAAGUGGAAAUCACUUGCAGCGCUUCGGAUGGACGACCAGCAGCGAAUGUUACUCUAUUUCUUGAUGAUGAGCCAAUUGGUUACGACGUUUAUGAGGCGAACAUGAAAGACAAUUCUCUGGCUAUACAGAAUGCGUCGCGCAGUUUGGAUUGGAAAGACAACGGCAAAAUGCUUCGUUGCGUAGCUAAUCAUAUUGCUCUUGACAAGCCUUUGGAAUCGACAUUGGAACUUAAUGUAGAAUAUCCACCCCAACCAGAAAACACUUUUCAACGUUUCGGAUACGUUAUUGGCAGACAAGGAAUUAUCAAUGUCACUAUUAAUGCGAAUCCUAGGCCAAGCUUCACAUGGCGAGUGAAUAACGAGAGGAUUCAGGAAGGUCGUCCUGAUGAGAGCGGUCGAUUGGAAACUUCAACCGCCGUCGAUAUGGGAAGAGGUGCGUGGAGCGCAAUUUUGACGAUUGAUAGCGUUCAGAAAUCUGAUACGGAGAAAGAGUACGUACUGGAGGCGAACAACAACUUGGGAGCGCACGAGUAUCGUAUCGUUUUGUCGACAUCCUCAGAGCCAGCUGGACCGUUCAGUAGCAUCUAUGGUAAGCUCUCCGAACACAUGCACGCACUAGGCGUUGAUUUGGACGCUGGAUCAAUCAUCGGUAUUGUCGUGGGUGUUUUGGUGCUCGUACUCGUUAUUUUCUUGGUAAUCUUUGCACGCGCGACCGGUCGCUGGUGCUUUGCAGGUCGUUCGUCUACCAGGAAUCUCGGGGAGUCAGACUUCGCGGAUCCGGCGACGAGCGUUUGUCUUCUUCGUCUCGACAAAUUGAAAACUGCGUCCGAUGCCGUUAGAAAAAGAAGCGAUACGGAGAGCGCUGGCAGAUAUUCGCGAUCGGAGAUAGACGGUUCGUCGUCUCGAGGACAACGGAAACCAAGAAUCAAUCUGUCCCGGCUCUUUGGACGGAAUAAAGAUAAAGUGUCAGGUGCUGAUACGGAUACGAUGAAGACAGUGGUUACUGUCGACGAUGAAAAGCUUCAAGCUACCGAGCCGGCUGUUCUGGCACAGGAAAGCAGAUUGAAUCCUUCAAAGAGUGAAGGUGGAAUCGUGUAUGCUGAAUUGGAUCUGCAACAGCAACAGGGCGCUCCACCGCGUCGCCUCAACGAUGAAAAAACAGAAUAUGCCGAAAUCUUAUAUACGAAGCCGGAAACCGAGGAGACAGCCGACAAAUAAUUAUAUUUUGAUAGAGCGAUUAAAACAACUAAAAAUGCAUAUGGUCUCUUUGGAAAUAUAAAUUUUUGUUUAUCUUCUUUCUAAAUGUGAAUGCUGAUGCAAUUCUUGCAACAACUAUAUAUGUGUGUAAAGCAAACGCAUCGGCACUGCACGUUUCAAAAGUGUGAGAGAUCGGACAAUAUUCUGCUUCAAAGCGUAUUCCUUAUAAUAUUUAUUUGUUAUUGAUCUUUCAUCGCGUUUAUCGCGAUUUUCGUUAAUCAAAGACCGCGCGUGCACAUGUGAUAAUUUGUUUUACGAUAGAUAAUUUUAUGUUACAAUAACACAAUUCUUCAUGUUGUCUCUUGAUAUCUUUGAUAAUUAGUGAUUUCGGGAUCUAAGAAAAAAUUUUUCUUCGCCAAUUAAUUGAACGGACGAAAAAUAUUUAAUAUACAGUGCAACGCAACUGUUUUAUCAGACUAUAACUUGUUUCAAAAAGUUGAAACAAACAAACAACUACUUGUGUAUAUUAUUUUCUGUUUAUAAGUCGCAUGGUUGUGAUCUUACUGUCUGGUUAUUUUGCCGGGCAAAUCGUCUAUUUAAUCUAAACACUUUGUAUACUUAAAAUUUUAUAUACUUAAAAUUUUUUAAGAAGAAAAGUUUGCCAUAUUCAUUUUACUUCAUUUUUUUGGAAGAAAUUUUGUUUUGCCAACUUUUUACACAUUCUUCUUUUGUUUGUAACUAAGUAACUAUUGCGUUGUAUAUCAAACGUACUUAAAUAUUAUUGUUAAUAAUAAUGUUAAUGUUUACUUAUAAUAUAACACAUACCUGUAAUCAUUAUAACAAUAUCUUAAGUCUUAAAUCAUUAUACUUAAAAGUACUUGAAAAUUUGCCUCUUUUUUUACCAAUUUAUUGUGUACAAUAAUUUAAAAUGUAAAAGAAUUUGAAAAGUGAUUAGAAAACUGAUAAACGUUUUAUGUUGUGAUAAAUGUUUCAAAACAAACAACAAGCUUGAUAUGUCAAAUGCAUCUAUCAAGAACACAAUCUUUAAAUAAGAGUACUUGUAAAUUGUAAAGUAUAUUAAGCUUUUAAGCUCUAGCUUAUUAUAUUUGGAUCGUAUCAUGUUUUUAAUUUUACGAAGAUACAAACUUAUUAUCUCUUCGAAUAUCGUAUUUUGCGUAAGAUUUAGGAACGUUUUUAAGAAAAAUUCAAAUUUGCGUUAUAUAUUACUAUUUAUAAGCAUUUAACGUGGUAUUAUAUUA